UAGUUAACAUACAACCAUGUCUGGUCGUGGAAAAGGUGGUAAGGCAAAGGGCAAGUCCAAGACUCGUUCAUCCCGUGCUGGUCUCCAGUUCCCAGUAGGUCGCGUACACCGAUUCUUAAGAAAAGGCAAUUAUGCCGAGCGUGUUGGUGCCGGCGCUCCUGUAUAUUUGGCUGCAGUACUCGAGUACUUGGCCGCGGAAAUACUGGAGUUGGCCGGUAACGCCGCUCGUGACAACAAGAAGUCCAGGAUCAUUCCACGUCACUUACAGCUUGCUGUCCGAAACGACGAGGAGUUGAACAAGCUCAUGUCGGGAGUCACCAUCGCCCAGGGUGGUGUAUUGCCUAAUAUCCAGGCCGUUCUCCUGCCAAAGAAGUCCAACCCUAAAUCCAAGUAA